AUGAAUAUCCUUAGCAAAUCAAUCGCAAACCUAACCAAGAGUUCUAUGAACAUCGAUCUGUUAUCCAAUCCAGAAUUCAAAGAACGGAACGUAGUGUUUUCGCCCUUGUCACUCCAAACUACGCUCAGUAUGGUCACUGCUGGUUCCGAGGGUCCCACUCAACGUCAGCUUCUCUCCUUCCUCGGAUCAGAAUCCAUCCACCAUCUUAACUCCUUGUCCUCUCACCUCGUUUCCCAUGUGCUUAAAGACGCUGGUCUUUCCUUGUCUUCUGCAUACGCUAUUUGGGUUGAAAAAACGCUUUCUCUUUACCCUUCCUUCAAAGAAACUAUUGCUAUUAAUUAUAAGGCCACUCUCCAAUCACAUGAUUUCAUUAACAAGCCUGAUGAAGCUGUCAAAAAAGUGAAUUUAUGGGCUACAGAAAAGACAAACGGACUUAUUACUGAUGUUCUUUCGUGCGGGUCAAUUGAUAGUUUAACCAGACUCAUUUUUGCUAAUGCACUAUAUUUUAAAGGUGCAUGGCAUCAACCGUUUGACGCUUCAGAAACAAAAGACUAUGAUUUUCACCUUCUUGAUGGUAGCUCAUUCAAGGUUCCCUUCAAGACCAGCAGGGAGAGUCAGUUUAUCAGUGUUUUUGAUGGUUUUAAGGUCCUUCGUCUUCCUUAUGAGCAUGGUACUAUAGAUGACCGUCAUUUCUCUAUGUACUUUUUACUUCCCGAUGCAAAAGAUGGGUUGUCAGCUUUGAUUGAGAAAGUGGCUUCGGAAUAUGAGACCCUGGAACACAUACUUCCUGAUAGUAUAGUUGAUGUGGGUGACUUUAGGAUUCCAAGUUUCGAAAUUUCUUUUGGGUUUGAACUUUCUAAUAUGCUGAAGGAGUUGGGAGUGAUUUUACCUUUCUCUAAUGGAGGUUUAACAAAAAUAGUAGACUCUCCAUUAUGGAUUUCCAAUAUAACUCAAAAGUCUAUCAUUAAAGUAAAUGAAGUGGGCACAGAAGCUGCCGCAGUCACUGUUACUGGGAUAGCGGGAUGUAGUCAGUUUACUUCUAUUCCAACCCCGAUAGACUUUGUAGCUGACCACCCUUUCUUGUUUUUUAUUAGAGAAGAUUUGUCUGGUACAAUACUCUUUGUUGGCCAAGUUCUCAAUCCUCUUCUGAAGUGAUAUUAAUUACCCAUACAAACAUCAAAUGGAUGUGUGGAUCAAAUGGAUUGAGUUUGUCGUAUUUGCUUUUCUGCUUUUGAGACUAAUAUAUGAUGAUAAGAUUUAAGAUUAUUGAUUAUAGUUUUGAAUUUUGA